AUGCUGAUGCUUGCAUUUGCCCAGUCACCGCAGCCCCGCCUUGCAGACGCGGUGCCAGUGUCCGUGCUGCGGUCUCCACCUCAUGCAGAGGCCCCGCUUGGAGCAGGGAAGACGGAGCAGCGCACGCUAUUGGCCGGAAGCACAUGUGCAUUGGCUGUUGCUGCCCAGUGCCGAGCAAGAGUGAAGUGCAAGAGCCGCAAGACUUUUAAAGUCGUCUGCCGGGACCAAGCACUUCCACAGAGCGACAACGAUGUGGGUUUGUUCACCUCUGGGGCCGUGUUCGACCAGCCCCCGAAGGCCAAAUCAGAUGUGCAGCCAGCUAUGCAGCAUCCAUCUGGCAAGAGGUUGAAGGUCAUCGUCUUGGGCAGCGGAUGGGGAGCAGCAUCGUUCCUGAACGCUUUGAGCCAGCAGGAGGCACAAAUGUACGACAUCACAGUCGUGUCCAUGCGGAACUUCUUUCUGUACACGCCGCUGCUGCCCACCUGCACGAUGGGAUCCAUCGAAGAACGUUCCAUCGUGACUCCUAUCCGUGAGAUGGCCUAUGGAAAAGCCGACUUUUUAGAGGCCCGUUGUGAAGCCAUUGACCCAGAGAGCAAGAAGAUUCGAUGCAGCCGCGCAAUACGCCCCAAGGUAAGCUCCAGCUCCGACUACCACAGAUUCCCCGAGAAGCAGGCCGAGCAAAGGCACGUCUUUGAGCUGGACUACGACAUGCUGGUCUAUGCGGUGGGCGCCGAAACCGCCGACUUCAACAUCCCCGGAGUUCGACAGCAUACAUUCUUCUUCAAGGAGCUCAGAGACGCAAGAAACGUCCGCUCACGCAUCUCCGAUCUCUUUGAGGAGGCUUCGCUUCCAUCGAUCUCCGAAGAGGACCGAAAAGCUCUUCUUAACUUCAUCGUUAUUGGAGGUGGACCAACAGGUGUUGAGAUUGCUGCCGACCUCGCCGACUUCGUAGAAGAGGACUGCCGCCGCCUGUACCCGAAGCUGUGUGAUCAGGUGUCUAUCUCUUUGGUGAACAUGGAGGACCACCUGCUCUCCACUUACAGCCGCGAUAUUUCGAUCAAGAGCUUGGAGAUCUUUGAGCAGAAGGGCGUGGAGGUUCUCAACGGCUGGAGGGUCACUGAGGUCACAGCUGACAAAGUGAAGAUGACGGACCGGCAUGCCAACCUGAAAGAAUUACCCCACGGCUGCGUGAUCUGGGCGGCCGGUGUGAAGCCCAACAAGCUCACUGGACAGGUCAAAGCUUCCCUUUGCGAAGUUCUGAAAGGACGGCAAGAUGACAAGGCGAACUACGUCCAGAGCCGAGUGAGAGGCCACCCGCAGUUCGAGGCCUAUGCGGACUACUUGGAGGAGGCAGUCAGCGACGACUUGACGGACACCUUUGCAGAGAUGACGAAGAUGUUUGGGAAAAAGGUUUGGAAAGAGCAGGUGGCGUGGCAGCGCACCUACUCCUUGGGACAGCGGGUAACGGAGCGGAUCAAGAAGCGCAAUGCGCAGGAGAUUGAGCAGGAUCUUGAUGAGGCCGAGGUGUUGCAGAGAGACUACAUCACCUUGGAAGGAUUCAAAGACCUGUUGAAGAUCAUUCACAAGACGUUGGAGACGUUUCCCCCAACCGCGCAGGUGGCAGCCCAGCAAGGGCAGUACUUGGCCAAGGUUUUCGCCUCUGGCCUCAUUCAUGGCGACCGGGAGAGCUACCGUGCCUUCCGCGAUGAGCACGAGCCCUUCACCUACUUCCACAAAGGCACUUUGGCCUAUUUGGGUAGCGACCAUGCGGCUUUUGACUUGCCAAUUCUUGGCCCGGUGAGUGGGCCCUUGGCCGGCGUGGCGUGGAAG